CGUCAUGGCUGUCGGUGACGUCACUUCCGUCCAGGACCGGAAUCUCUGGGACCCUCAAAGAUGGCGGCCUCGAAGGUGAAGCAGGACAUGCCUCCGCCGGGGGGCUACGGCCCCAUCGAUUACAAGCGGAACCUCCCUCGACGGGGAUUGUCGGGCUACAGCAUGUUGGCCGUGGGCGUUGGCACCUUGCUGUUUGGCUACUGGGGCAUCACCAGGUGGAACCGUGAGCGCAGGCGCCUGUACAUAGAGGAGCUGGAGGCCCGCCUGGCACUGCUGCCCCUGUUCCAGGCGGAGCGGGACCGCAGGAUGUUGCAGAUGCUGCGGGAAAACCUGGAGGAGGAGGCCAUCAUCAUGAAGGAUGUGCCCGGCUGGAAGGUGGGCGAGUCCAUGUUCAGCACCACGCGCUGGGUGCCGCCCACGACCUGUGAACUAUACAGCUUGCGCCCCGCCAGCGAGCUUUCCAGGGCCGCCUUUGGUUUCCAGACCUACACAUAGAGAACCUGCCCGCCGUUGGAGCCACCCUCGCGGCCCUCACACAAUAAACGCUGGAGACUUGG